GGCAUUACAAGCAUUAACACAUUACGUGCUUGCUAGAAAUUAUCCAUUAAUAUUUUUGGUUACGUUAGUUAGUUGUUUCUGAUAUAUAUGAUGUCACGGACAUUAGAGGUAACGGUGAUAUCCGGGGAAGAUCUCCGGGUGAGCCGAUCGCUUCCGGUGAAGAAGAACGCUUUUGUGACAGUGAGGGCCGACUCAGGCGACGCUCAAAACACGGGGAUGGAGAAACAAGGCGGAGAAGGCUAUGUUGCAUGGAACCAAAAGCUAACGGUGCACUUGCCCAUGCAUGCACAUUAUCUAACGCUGGAAGUUCAGUGCAAGACGUUUUCCGGCAAGAAAUGUAUUGGCGUGGCAAGAAUUCCGACAUCGGAUUUCGUGGGAGGAAUGCUGCCGGAGAAUUACUUGCACUUCCUGAGUUAUAGGCUGAGGGAUAGCCACGGUGAGAGGAAUGGGAUUAUUAAUAUUUCUAUUGUAGUGAAGGAACCAGCCAUUACCCGGGUCACUGAUUAUUCACGACCGUGUACGGGGGUGCACCUGCCCGUGCCCGUGCCCAACUCUGGGGCUGUAACCGGUAUCCCUGUGUGGACAACCUGGUAGAGUUAACUAAUAGUUAUACCAUGAACUCACACAGUAUGUUCACAAUUCAAAUUAUGAACAUUCAGUAUAUAAAUUGUAUAUUUUAGACCUUGAUUUACCUUGUAAGGUGAACCCAGGUCUACAGAAUAAUUUGCCGCCUACAAAUUAAUUGAACAUUAGUUAAUACAAAACGGCACUCUACAUUCAUUAUA